AGCUGACUCGUGACAGAUAAAAGUCACAUGGCAUGAAAUCGACACAACAAUGUUUGAACUCGUUUGUCGUCGAGAUAUAUCACAUGAUUAAAGUUUAAAGUGUAUGGAAGAGAAAGCAUCAUGUUGUUUUUACUCCUAUUUAGUUCAUUUUUAAUAUGUUUUAAAAAUGUUUCAGGCAUUAAUUACCAAGUUAAAUACUUUAAUCAAUACAUAGAUCACUUCAAUUUUUUUAGUUACGGAAAUGAAACUUUUAAACAAAGAUAUUUGGUUAAUGACAGUUGGUGGCUUCCGCAUAAAGGACCGAUAUUCUUCUACACCGGAAAUGAAGGAAACAUCGAAGCAUUUUGGGAAAAUUCUGGCUUUAUUUUCGAUAUUGCACCCAAAUUUAAGGCUCUUGUUAUAUUUGCAGAACACAGAUAUUAUGGAGAAUCGCUUCCAUUUGGAAAAAAUAGCUUCAAUCAACCAAAUAUCAGUCUUUUAUCCAUAGAACAAGCUCUGAUUGAUUAUGUAACUUUGAUUCAUGCUAUUAAGAAAGAUUAUAAAGCAGAAUCGUGUCCGGUAAUUGCUUUUGGAGGAAGUUAUGGUGGAAUGCUAAGUGCAUACAUCAGAUUUAAAUAUCCAAAUGUUGUCGACGGUGCUCUUGCAGCAAGUGCUCCAAUUAUAUUAACUGCUGGAUAUCUUGGAACAGAAGUAUUUUUUGAAUCCAUAACAAAGACUUUCGAUAAUACAAUGCCAAAGUGCAAAGACACAGUUAUAAAUGCAUAUUCACAGAUAGAGAAAUGGUUUGCUGAAGGAUCUAAAGGUUAUAAAUACAUAUCAUCUACUUUUUCUCUGUGCAAAGAAAUAAAAGAUUCCACAGACUACAAUCAUUUUUUAAAAUGGACACGCAAUGCAUUUGCUUCAGCAGCAAUGAUGAACUAUCCUUACAAAACAAGUUUCAUGAGCCCUUUUCCUGCUUUUCCAGUGAAGGUCAUGUGUACUAGACUAGUGUCUUCUGGCAUUCCUGCUGCAGGACUUGCUGCUGCCAUUGCUCUUGCUUAUAAUGCUUCGGGAACAGAGAAGUGUUUUGACAUUUGGAAAGAAUUUAUUGACUGUGCAGAUCCAACUGGUUGUGGUUUAGGAACAGAUAGCAUCUCUUGGGACUAUCAAAGUUGUACAGAAAUAAAUUUAUAUAUGAAAUCUGAAAAACGUGAAUAUAUGUUCCCAUAUCUUCCAUUUAAUUCUACUAUGAGAGAUGAAUAUUGUUUUAAAAAAUAUAAAAUUAUUCCUAGAGAAAACUGGUUAAAAGAGCACAUAUGGGGAAAAGAAAUCAACCAGACAAGCAAUAUAAUUUUUAGUAAUGGAAAUUUGGAUCCAUGGGCUCCUGGUGGAAUACAGUAUAAUGUAUCGGACAGAAUAAUUUCAAUACUGAUUAAAGGAGGUGCUCAUCAUUUGGAUCUAAGAGGAAAAAAUCCAGCGGAUCCACAAUCCGUCAUACUGGCGAGACAGUUCGAAGCAGAAACAAUAAGUAAGUGGAUAACGAAGGCCAAUGAAAAAUAUCAAAGACAACUAAUAAAAUCUUAAUGUUAAUAUCCAUAUCACUGUACGAUAAAAUUCCGAACAAUUCAUAAACGGAGGGGGGAAAAAAGCGUAAAACGUCAUUUGAGUAACAGAAUUGUCUCAUUAUUAGAUUAACACCAACUAACUCAGAAAUGUCGUCUUAAUCUAUUUAACUAAUAUGUUUAAUUUGAUUUAAAAUAUCUGAUUAUUAUUACAGUAAUAAAUACUGUGAAAAUUA